AUGUGGUCACAUCGACAACGAGGUACUGCUAUUGGAAGAAUUGUAACGUGUCAUCCAACCGAAGGAGAAAGAUAUUAUCUAAGGCUACUUUUAAUGAAUGUAAGAGGACCUAAAUCAUAUGCAGACCUUUGCAACCUCAAUGGAAAAUGUUGCGAUUCAUUUAGGGAAGCUGCAGAAAAGCGAGGCUUAUUCCAUUGUGAUAACAAUUUAAUUGACUGUAUGUCUGAAGCUGUGAAUUAUCAAAUGCCUUAUAGUUUAAGACACUUAUUUGCUACAUUAUUAGUUUACUGUAAUCCUGCAAAUCCAAGAGAACUAUGGGAAAAAUUUGAAGAACCUAUGUCUCAAGAUUUCAAGAGAAUUCCAAAUUUGGGAACAAAAAAGAUUCGACAUUUAGUUUUGAAUCAUAUUAAUGAAGUCUUACAUUCAAUGGGACACAAUAUAUACGAAUUCAAAUUUACUUUUGAAAUUAUUGUACUUCCUUUACCAGCUAACGAGGCAAAAGAUGUUCAGUUUGAGAGAAAUAUAAUAGUAAGUGAAGAAGAUUUACUCUUAAAAAAGAAAUUAAACUUUGAACAAAGAAGAGCAUAUAAUAUUAUUCUUCAUAGAGUAUAUUCUGAUAAACCAGGAGCAUUUUUCAUUUAUAGUCCCGGAGGAACGGGAAAAACAUUCUUAUAUCGAGCUUUGUUAGCUAAUAUAAGAUCAAAAGGUUUUAUAGCUUUAGCAACUGCAAGUUCUGGUGUUGCAGCUUCAAUUCUACCUGGAGGACGAACUGCUCAUUCACGCUUCAAAAUUCCUAUAGACAUUGAUGAGAAUUUUACAUGUAAUAUUAGUAAACAAACAACAUUAGAAACUCUAAUUCAAGAUUCAAAGUUAAUUGUUUGGGAUGAAGUUUCAAUGGCAAAAAAGAAAAUGAUUGAAGCUUUCAAUACUCUUUUAAAAGAUCUCAUGAAUACGAAUAUACUCUUUGGUGGUAAAAUUGUAGUUUUUGGUGGAGACUUUCGGCAAACACUUCCCGUUGUUUGUAGUGGGAAAAAAGAAGACUUUAUUUGUGAAAGUUUACUAUAUUCUGAUAUUUGGAAUAAUCUUGAAAAGUUAUGCUUAUCAGAAAUAUGCGUGCAAAAGAAGAUCCUGCUUUUUUUUUAUUCUCUUCUAGCUAGAUCAGUUUCUCUAUUCAUUGGUCUUCUCUAUUGCGUUUAUGAUGAUCCAGCAAGAAAGAAUUCUCCAUUUAGAAAAGAAAAACUGAAUGACAUCCAAUCUAGGGAGCUGGGAUUGGAGUCAUUGGAUAAAUCAAACAUCGCUAUAUUAAAGAUGCAGCUACCUGCUUUGGCUAAUUUGUGUGACCAUAAAGAAAAAGAAAACGUAAAUUACUGGAGAACUUUAUCUACCUGGAAAUUUAAAUGUUUUCGUUGUAAGAAGAUUUUGGGGCGUAGCUGGGCAGUGGACUUCACCAAUAAUUCUGCUUCUCCUUCCUCCUGUCAUAUCCCUGAUCAGCCUGGUGACAAGAGAGACUCUUAA